UAUUGAAAGGCUUAGGAGGUAAACUGGACCAUGUUCAGCUGGUCUGGAUAUCAAGCUCUUCCACUGGGGGACUUUGACCGUUUCCAGCAGUCCAGCAUUGGAGUCUAUGGAUCUCAGAAGAGCUUAUUUUGCUUUGGGCACAUGCAAGACCCAUGGGACCAGGUCCCGCAAAUGAAAGGUUCCUCCCAGGGCUGGCUGUCAUGGAUUUGCCAUGGGAUUGUCACGUCUUUGGCCUUCCUGCUGAUGGUCAUCACCUUCCCCGUCUCCGGAUGGUUUGUCUUGAAACUGACCUCCAAGGAUGGAGCUGUGAUCUCCAUGGGGGCUGAUAUCCAGUUCCGGGUGUGGGAUCCAGUGCUGUCUGUCAUGAUGGUGAAGGAUCUGAAUGCAGCCACCCGAAUGAUGGCCCAAAACGCCAUGACCAAGACCCUGCUGAAGAAGAACCUGAGGGAGAUCCAGACGGAAAAGCUGUGGAUUGGGGACCAGCUCCUGCUUGAAAUCAAUGACAUGACCAAGUCUUGGGGCCUGGAAGUGGAUCGGGUUGAGCUGAUUUUGGAGGCAGUGCUGCAACCCUCCCAAGAGAGUCUGUCCGGACAUCUAACCAUGACACCCCCGAUCCCUGGGUUUGAAGGACUAGAUAGCACCAUUCAGCAGCUGGCUGCUCACUUCUUUAGCAACAGCAUGGCGCCUGGUGCCCCCGAUCCCAUCUUUACACCUUUGUCCCCAGCAGACAGCGUGGUGACAGUGAAUGAGGCAGAACCACCAGCUCCUACCAUCACCACCACCAGUAGCAGCAACAGGAGGAAACCUAGCCCUGAGGAGUUGCUGUCAGCUGUGGAGCUGUUCCUGUCUGAGUCCUUGGUUGGCGCAGUUGGAGCUUCCUACCAGUUCAACAUCAUACUUCUGAGUGGUGCCCGGAGCACCUACUUCAUAGAUCUCACUGCAGGCAGUGGGCGGAUUGGCCUUGGGGACGCUGAGCGCAACCCUGAUGUGAUUCUGGAGAUGACGGAAAAUGACCUGCAGUCUUUCUUCUCAGGUGAACUUCAUCCUCUGAGUGCCUACAUGAGUGGGAGGUUGCGUGUCAAGGGCGACCUGAGUGUUGCCCUGAAACUGGAGGAGCUCUUCAAGGCAAUGAAACAACAUAGAUAGAGAAAGAGAAUGUGUGUGUGAGUGUGCGCACGCAUAUGUGCAUGUGUGAGAAGGCAGGAGAAGCGAAGAGUCUGGCAGGAGAACCAUCUGAUUGUGAAGGGUGUGAGGAUUCAAGCUCUUCUAUUCUUUAUUUCAUGCUCUGGGGAAUUGAUCAUUGCCCAGGGAAGCAGGAAGACAAAUCCCCUCUUUGAUGGGAUCCCUGGGGUGCAGCCUGGGACCACUGUACCCCCUUAACUCUCCAGCCUGGGCUCUCACAAUGCUUUGCUAAUGACAAGUAGCAAACUCCUCUAGGUGCUGUGAUCACUCAGCGCAACUGCAUGUGGAACCCCACACGCAGAUAGAUUGCAUGAAUGCUCCCAGAGCCACUCAUGAAUCACAGAGAAAGGCACCAGCCGAAUCACCCCAGCUCCUAGCACUGUAAUUCAAGAAUAUACCAUCUUGCACUGCUC